AUGAGCUUGAACUACUCCAACCGAGAGACUAGUGUUUCUAUCGGAGAGUCUGUUCGUGACGAGGAUGUGUUUAUCCUUCAGUCCACUGCUCCUGGAGAUGUCAACGAUGGCCUCAUGGAGUUGCUCAUCAUGAUUCAUGCUUGUCGAACUGCCUCGGCCAGACGGAUCACUGCUGUUAUUCCCAGCUUUCCCUAUGCGCGACAGGACAAGAAGGACAAGUCACGAGCUCCCAUCAGUGCUAAGCUCAUUGCAAACAUGCUCCAGGUUUCUGGCUGCAAUCAUGUUAUCACAAUGGAUCUCCACGCCUCGCAAAUUCAGGGUUUCUUCAACGUCCCCGUGGACAACCUCUACGCUGAACCUUCCGUGCUUCGCUGGAUUCGCGAGAACCUCAGUGUCGACAACUGUGUCAUCGUUUCUCCCGAUGCCGGUGGAGCCAAGCGUGCGACAUCUCUUGCUGACCGCCUGAACACCGGUUUCGCUCUCAUCCACAAGGAGCGACCCCGACCUAACGUUGUUGGUCGCAUGGUUCUUGUCGGUGAUGUCAGUGACAAGGUCGCCAUUCUUGUUGACGACAUGGCCGACACCUGUGGCACUCUCGCCAAGGCUGCUGCCACCGUCAAUGAGCACGGCGCCAGGGAGGUGUAUGCGAUUGUUACUCACGGUAUUCUGAGUGGUAAGGCCAUCGAUACCAUUAACAACUCAUGCCUCUCUGGUCUCGUUGUCACCAACAUGGGUGACAAGAUUGAGCGAUGCCCCAAGCUCAAGGUCAUUGAUGUCUCCGGAACACUUGCCGAGGCUAUUCGACGAACUCACAACGGAGAAUCCGUGUCUUACCUCUUCAACAACGUCCCCGUUUAA